AUGGCUGGACACCGAAACAGUCAUGGAAAACGGCACUCUGAUUAUGCUGAAAAUGGAGGCGGUAAGAGAAGAAAUUCUGGUGAUGAUUCCUAUGCUGGUCCCGAUGAUACUGUGUAUUGCUACCUCUGCGCCUCUAGAAAAAUUGGGAGUAUCAUUGGCCGUGGUGGAGAGAAUGCGAAGCAGUUGAGGAUUGAGAUUCAAGCUAAGAUUAGGAUUGGCGAGAGUGUUUCUGGCUGUGAAGAGCGGGUUAUCACAAUAUUUAGCUCAAGCAGGGAAACUAAUACUAUUGACGAUGCUGAAGAUAAGGUUUGCCCUGCUCAAGAUGCUCUCUUUAGAGUUCAUGAGAGGCUUGCUUCUGAUGAGGGUCCAGGGAAUGAAGACAGGAGCUCCCACCUUGGUAGUUCCUCCACUGCACCUGUUGUUGGGAUUACUCAUGUAAUUCCUGCUUUUGGAGGAUACAAAGGUGUAAUCGGGAAGGGUGGUGGAAUUAUCAAACAGAUUAGGCAGGAAUCUGGGGCUUUUAUUAAAGUGGAUAGCUCCAAUUCAGGUGCUGAAGAUUAUUGCAUAAUUACAGUUUCUGCAAAAGAGUUCUUUGAAGAUCCUGUCUCUCCAACAAUUGAUGCUGCAAUUCGUUUGCAGCCUAGGUGCAAUACGGAGAACAACAAGAGCAAGCAUACGCAUUCUUUCAAAGGAAAUGUUCCAAAGGUAGCAGCAGAAGAUGAAGAGAUGGUUCAGAUCAGUGGAGACCUUGAUGUUGCAAGACAUGCUCUUGUGCAAAUAGCUACAAGGCUGAAAGCCAAUUUCUUUGAAAGAGAGGUUGCUUUAUCUGCAUUUCCACCUGUGAUCCGUUAUCAUCCUUUGCCUGCUGGUGUUUCAGAUGAACCAAAGUAUCUAAGCAGAGACAUGAAGCCUGUUGGGCAUUAUCUAUAUUCUAGUGGUUUUCGUGAAUCAGAUGAUAUGAUUCCGUCUGACAGCUAUGGAAGUUAUAGCAGCUCCCAGGCACCUGGAGGCAGAUGUGGGACUUACAGUGGGUACAGUGGCCUCUCAACCGGCAGUGGGUAA